GACGCUCAGCUCAGAAGCAGGAGAACUCGAAGACCAAGGCCCUUGACAUGCUGUGGUGCCUCUACGAGGCCAUGCGGCUGAAGGACGAAGAGUUUUUGACCCAGCCAGGGGUAGUCAUUGCUCUACACCGUGAUGAAAGAAACCGGGUGAUCCAGUGCGACUUUACAGCUGCUUCCUCCGACCUGUCUACUCGGUCGGGGGUGCUGCACUGCGCCUUCAACCAGGGUGGGGCUGCAGGCGUCCUCCAAGGCACCAAGGAGAUCGUGCGAGCUGCUCUCACCAGCCUAGACAAGCAGGUGAAACAUGGAUCAGAAAAUGCUUUGCGGAAAGCAGUGGAAUUGGUCUGCAUAGACGCCGCUCCAGACGAGGUGGCAGCUUCCAACGAAGGCCACCGACCAAGCUUCCAGGACUUGCAGCCCUACACGCCAAAUCUGCUGAUUGCCCGCUCCUACAAAGCCUCGGAUUUCCUCGACCAGCUCUUCCGGUCUUUUGUGUGGGAUAAGGCAUCCUUGGUUCAGCGCAUCGAGAACUCGCCGAUUUUUAAAAUGUGGUUCCAGGAGUGCCAGCCAUAUGCCAGGGCCACUUUAGAUGCUCGCGUGAGGUCUCUCAAGGCUGCCAAGCAUCGAAUGGCGAGCCAUGAAAAGCCGCUAUGCCGGCUAGUGCUGUACAUUGAGCCUCUCAUUCAUGUGGCUCUGCGCAUCCGCGCAGAGCGAAGCCAAGAAGAUGUCUCUCACGAUGCCAGCCGGUUCCUGGCAGCGCUGUCGGCGGAGAGCUACCUCCAGCUGGCUUUACUAGCUGACGCAGCUGUGGAAGUCGGGGACCUCUUGCGGGUGGCAGACGCGGGUGCUGGCAUGAACACGGCGGAGCUCAUCACAUGCGUCCAAGACUUUGAGAAGCGCAUCAGUUACUUGUUCUUGCACGGCGGGGUCUUCAGCUCAUCCGGCUUCACUGCGUGGGCGCUCCACGUGCUGCGACAGCGGUACAGCUUUGCAGUUGCAGGCACGCAGCGGGAGUUUGGGGGCCCGCAGUUGCCAGGCGAGGCAGUCAAGGAGCGGUGUCUACGCCGCAUGCAGGCCUGGCACAAGGUGGUGAACUCCGUGCUCCACGCCGUGUUCCCGGACUGGGAGCUUGCUGCGGCGUUCCAUGUGUUUGCCUUGGAUGGACCAGAGGACGCCAGGCGACCAACGCCAGGCAGCGAGGCAGAGAAGCACUUCCUACGUCUGGCAAAAGCUUUCCAGUUGGACGCAGGCGAGCUUGUUCGUCAGCUGCUUGCCACCCAAGUGCCUGCGCGCAGGAUCUUUGCCAGCAGAUGCUCAGAAGCCUCGGCGGGUUUUGGCCCAGCGUGGGCGCAAGCCGUGUGGCACGCGCAGAAGUUGGGGAGGCCGGUGGCUGCGCUGCAGGCAUGCUUGCAGCGCUACUUGGCCUUUGCAAUCAGCACCUGUGGCCUUGAGAGACGCUUCUCGCGGCAAGCGUGGUCUUUUGGAAAGUCUGCUGACCACCAAUCCCUGGCGCUGCACGUGGCCAAAGCGAAGCUCCUGACGGAUUACCAGGCGGCAGAGGAAGACGCCAUCAUCCAGAAGGCGCAGGAGGUUUGGAUGCAGCGGCACAGCCCAGCCAGGGAGUCCACUGGCCCUAGGUUUCACAAGGGUCAGCGCCAGGGGCCUCGAAAAGGCCGCACGCUGGCGGGCUUCUUGCGGCGCCGCAGGGAGGCUGUUUCAGAAGGUUGCAAAGCAGCUGGCGCAGCUCUUUCCACCGACCCGCUUCCGGCAGACAUGUUGGGGGAUUUCUGGACAGAGAAGCACGCAGAGGAAGUUGCUUUCCAGCAGCAGAAGCAGGUGCGACUGGCCCAAGAGGCUCAUGAGCUGGGAGCCCUGCUGCCCGGAGAUGUGCCAGAUGAAGUUCUAGACGCAGCUCCUGAAGCAGAGCGCCGGCGACAAGCCAAUGCUCGUCAGCGGGCGCGGCAGACAAGCAAGCGUGCGGCUGCUCUACAAGGCGCAUUGCCAGACCUGACAGGGAGAGUUGUGUUCGUGCCGCCGGGCAUGCCCUCAUUGCAGCGGCUGGCAAGUGAGCGCGGUUUCCAGCUCACCGACCGCAGGGCUCAGGCCACCGUGUUUCUUGCAGAGUCCUUGGAAAGCAUGUCGGAGAGAACUUGGGCGGCAGCGGUGCUUUGCGGAGGCAGCGUCAUGACCUGGGACACCUUGCAGGAGAUGCAAGGGCCGUGCGUUUCUUGGCAGAAGGCCUUGGACACAAGGCGCCGCGUGUACUGGACCCAGGCAGCUCAGAAGCACAGCCCGCAGCUGCACCAGCUGGUCGUGGAGAUGGCGAAGACGGCGAGGCGCUGGAAGAUGCUGGAUGGCCAAGAAGACUUCGAGCAGCAGAAAGUGGAAGCGGCCGCCAGGAAGCAGAGCCCCGCCGUUCUCGCCGUGACACGGCCGUCAGAGAAGAAAGGUCUUCUUGAAGUGCUGGUUGCACGUGGUGCCAAGGGACAAAGGUCCACGCUCAGCACUCACAUCCAAACUCCCAAGGAGUUUUUCCAGUUCAUUGCAAAGCAAGAUCCACAGCGAUGUUGCACGGGUGUUUGCGGAUAUUGA